AAGGAGGCUGGGAGCUGCCCAUAUCCGGGAAACCGUCCGCGGCGGAGCCACUGAGAAAAUGGCGGUGCCGAACUGAGGGACCCGUGGUGGCGGCGCUGGCGGGAGGGGGGCGCUGGCGGAGCGACCGAGAAGCCGCUGUCGGCGCUGCUGAGGGCCGCGGCGGUCGUUGCCGUCGUCGCACGGGCGUGGCUGGGCGCCGUACUCACACGCCCGGGCCUGGGGCGCCGCUGCCGCCGCUGCCGCCGCUGCCGCCGCUGCCGCCGCCUUCUCGCCGCAGUUUGACCUGUAGAAGAAAAUAGUUUAUCCUUAUAUUUUGAAAAGGAAGGAAAGGUGAUUUAACUGCUUCAGGAAAAUGGAGAAUGUCAUCAGUGGAAAUACUUGCAUUAACAAACAGAUGUAUCAAGGGCAUUUAACCAUACAGAACUGCAAGGGGGAGUACGCAGCAGUUCCCUCAGGCUUUUGGGACAUGUUAAAAGGAAAAUCUUGUAUAUGGACUUUUUUAACUUCUUUCAUUUGAUACUUGUCUGACACAAGACGGAUCCAACCUGUUUUAUCUAGAUUACCUGCCAGUGAAUAGCUAUUUUGGGUUGUGAGGAAAUUCAACACUGCAGGAACCGCAGCUUGACAGUGAAUAAUAGUCACUGUUUUCACGAGUUCUGAAACUACCAGCUAAUCUUUGUUGGAUUUUUUGUGCACAAGUCCUUGGUGAAGGUUGCAUAUAUACAUGUUUUCAUGAAGAGAAGUGAGAAGCCAGAAGGUUAUAGACAGAUGAGGCCUAAGACUUUUCCUGCCAGUAACUACACUGGCAGUAGCCAGCAGAUGUUGCAAGAAAUACGAGAGAGCCUCAGGAAUUUACCUAAACCCUCCGAUGCUGCUAAAGCUGAUCACAGCAUGGGCAAAAUGUCAUCUGAAGAUCCUAGACAAGGCCGAAAUCCCCCCAAAUUUGUAACGUACCAUAAAGUUUUGCAGGAGAUACGGAACUCACUUCUGCCUUUUGCAAACGAAACCACGUCAGCAGUCAAAGGAACAUCAGAAGUUAAUCGACAAAUGCUGCAAGAUUUACAAGCUGCUGGCUUUGAUGAGGAUAUGGUUGUACAAGCUCUUAGGCAAACUAACAACCGUAGUAUAGAAGCAGCAAUUGAAUUUAUUAGUAAAAUGAGCUACCAGGAUCCUCGUCGGGAACAGAUGGUUGCAGCAGCAGCAAGACCUGUUAACGCAGGUAUGAAACCACCAGGAGGGACUGUGCAGCAAUCAGUUCAUCGCAGACAGAGCUGGAAAGGUUCUAAGGAGUCCUUGGUUCCUCAGAGACAUGGCCCUUCCCUGGGAGAGGGUGUAGUUUAUCGCUCAGAAAGUCCCAGUUCUCAGCCUGAUGUAGGAAGGCCAUUAUCUGGAUCUGGCAUAGCAACAUUUGCUCAGGCUCAUCCUGGCAAUGGACAAAGAGUGAAUCCACCACCUCUACCGCAGAUAAGGAGCGUCACUCCGCCUCCUCCACCUCCUCGAGGACAGACACCCCCUCCAAGAGGAACAACUCCUCCACCUCCUUCCUGGGAACCAAACUCUCAAACAAAACGUUACUCUGGAAGUAUGGAAUAUAUGAUCUCUCGCAUUUCUCCAGUACCACCAGGAGCAUGGCAGGAUGGUUAUCCACCUCCACCGAUGAAUGCGCCGCCCAUAAAUUCUUCUGCACAGGCUCAGAGAGGCAUGAGUGCUGUCCCCAUUGGAAGGCAACCAAUAAUCAUGCAGAGUUCUGCCAACAGCAAAUUUAGCUUUCCCUCAGGAAGAGCUGGAAUGCAAAAUGGCAAUUGCCAGGCAGAAUUCAUAGUUCAUCAGAAUGUUGUAUCUGGGAACUCAGUGAGUCGCCAGCCACCCCCAUAUCCCAUAAAUCCAACUAAUAGACAAAGUCCUACAGCACUACAGAUGCAGGCAGGAGGAUCUGCUCCUCCUUCAGCAUACACCAAUGGAAAUCUUCCUCAGACAAUGAUGGUGCCAAAUAGGAACAGCCACAACAUGGAACUUUAUAAUACAAAUGUAGCUGGAAUACCUGCAUCCUGGUCACAGCCUCCACCUGCACAACCGCAGUCAUCACCUGGCAGUGGGCAUGAAAUCCCUACGUGGCAAACCAAUGUUCCAGUAAGAUCAAAUUCUUUCAACAACCAUCACGGAAAUAGGCAGAGUCACUCUAGCAGUUCUCAGCCUUCAGCUACAACAGUAACAGCUAUAACACCAGCUCCCAUUCAGCAACCAGUAAAAAGUAUGCGUGUGUUAAAGCCAGAGCUACAGACUGCCUUAGCACCAACUCACCCUUCCUGGAUGCCACAACCAGUGCAAACUGUUCAGACCAUUCCGUUCUCUGAGAGUCCAUCUACAAACAUGGCAGUUAUGUCACCUGUUGCAGAGGCUCCAAAUUACCAGGGCCCCCCACCACCUUACCCAAAACACUUGUUACACCAGAAUCCGUCUGUCAAUCCAUAUGAGACAGGGCCCAAGCUCAGCAAAGAGGAGCCACCUAUUUUAUCUAAGGAGGAAGAGAAUGAAAAGAGUUAUGAAUGUGUUGAUUCAACAGAUAAAGAAAAGAAACAAAUAACGACAUCACCUGUUCCUGUUAGAAAAAACAAGAAAGAUGAAGAAAGAAGAGAGUCUCGCAUUCAAAGCUAUUCCCCGCAGGCCUUUAAGUUCUUCAUGGAGCAGCAUGUGGAAAAUAUACUCAAGUCACAUCAGCAGCGUUUGCAUCGGAAAAAACAACUAGAGAAUGAAAUGAUGCGGGUUGGAUUGUCACCAGAAGCCCGAGAUCAAAUGAGGAAAAUGUUGUGCCAGAAGGAGUCUAAUUACAUUCGUCUAAGAAGAGCUAAAAUGGACAAGUCAAUGUUUGUAAAAAUUAAAACCCUGGGAGUUGGGGCAUUUGGAGAAGUCUGCCUAGCAAGAAAAGUGGAUACUAAUGCUUUAUAUGCAACAAAAACUCUGAGAAAGAAAGAUGUAUUGCUUAGGAAUCAAGUUGCUCAUGUUAAAGCUGAGCGGGAUAUCCUUGCAGAAGCUGAUAAUGAAUGGGUGGUUCGUCUGUACUAUUCAUUCCAAGAUAAGGACAAUUUGUACUUUGUAAUGGACUACAUUCCAGGCGGUGAUAUGAUGAGUCUCUUAAUUAGAAUGGGUGUCUUUCCAGAAAAUCUGGCACGGUUCUACACAGCAGAACUGACCUGCGCAGUUGAAAGUGUUCAUAAAAUGGGCUUCAUUCACAGAGAUAUUAAACCUGAUAAUAUUUUGAUAGACCGUGAUGGUCACAUUAAAUUGACAGACUUCGGGCUCUGUACGGGUUUUCGAUGGACCCAUGAUUCAAAAUACUACCAGAGUGGUGAUCAUGCACGUCAAGACAGUAUGGAUUUCAGCAAUGAAUGGGGUGACCCAGCAAACUGCAGAUGUGGAGAUCGGCUGAAGCCACUCGAACGCAGGGCUGCACGUCAGCAUCAGCGCUGUUUGGCUCAUUCCCUUGUUGGCACACCUAAUUAUAUUGCGCCAGAAGUAUUGUUACGAACAGGUUAUACACAGUUGUGUGACUGGUGGAGUGUUGGAGUAAUUCUCUUUGAAAUGUUAGUGGGACAGCCUCCUUUCCUGGCACAAACACCCCUGGAAACACAAAUGAAGGUUAUCAACUGGCAAACUGCUCUUCAUAUUCCACCUCAAGCUAAAUUGACUCCAGAGGCCUCUGACCUUAUUAUUAAGCUCUGCCGAGGGCCAGAAGAUCGUUUAGGCAAAAAUGGUGCAGAUGAAAUAAAAGCUCAUCCAUUUUUUAGAACAAUUGAUUUUUCAAGCGAUCUACGGCGGCAGUCUGCUUUCUACAUUCCCAAAAUUGCUCAUCCUACAGACACAUCAAACUUCGAUCCAGUUGAUCCAGAUAAAUUGUGGAGUGAUGAUGAUAAGGAAGGGAACAUAAAUGAUACACUUAAUGGAUGGUACAAAAAUGGAAAACAUCCUGAACAUGCUUUUUAUGAGUUCACGUUCCGAAGGUUUUUUGAUGACAAUGGCUACCCUUACAACAAUCCAAAGCCCAUUGAAUAUGAAUAUGGUAAACCGCAAAACUCAGAACAGCAGUCAGAUGAUGACAACGAUGAUGAUGAUGAACAGGCAGGUAGAGGGAUUCAAAAUCGUGACCUGGUUUAUGUUUAGUAGAGAAAUAAUAAAAAAAAAUAGGUAAGACAAACUUAUUUUGCAGCUGAGAUUUUUGAAAAAUCUCUUUUAAUAAGAGAAUUGACAAAAGAUUGAUAGGAUGCAUAUAUGCACACUUUUUUUUUUUUUUUUUAACACUAAGACAGUUAUGUCCCCCCCAUGCAUUUUGUUUCCCCAAAAUACAGGGAAAUCCUUCUCAAACAUUAAUUUAUUCCAACAUUGUUAAUCAUUUAAUUUAGAAGAGAGUUGAUGUUUGAUGAAAAAAAUUAUGACCUGAAUUUUAUUAUCAGUUCUCUGUACUCUAAGUACUCAAAAUAGGAAAUAGUGAUUUUUUUUUUCCUGAAGAGAUGCCUGGUAUCUAUUUGUACAUAUACUAAAAAAUUUUAAAAAACCAAAUCUUUGUUCCAGAAUUUUUUAAUGACAGUUCUUCCUUGCAUUGACCAAAUAUAAAACCUACUUUACACUAAUAAAGCUAUCUGAUCUAUUUCUGAAAAAAGGCUGCUGUACCCUACCUUCUCACAAUAUUUAGCCUAGUUAUUUAGAGUGUUGGAAAAACUGAGCCAUCUAUCUGAUGAAAUGUUUGUAGCCACUGCAGUAAUGGCAUAGUUCUCAGCUUUGGAACAAGAAGGCAUCAGUCUUGACUACAGUAUGAUUGUAAAGUGGUAACGCAUUAAAACUAGUCUUCUAUUGAAUGAGUAAUUGAAUUUGAAGUUAAUAACCCUGUAGCAUGUGAGUGGUACUCUUAAAGGAGGAGUAUUCACUCAUGAACAACUUGCUCUUCUCCUGUCAUCAGUUCUGUUAUGAGAGGAGAAGAAGCUGUAGGAAAAAUACUUUUUGAAAUCUUCUAGUUUAAUUUUCUGAUUACACCAUACUGUAAAGUUUGUAAAACUCAGCUGUAGUCAGAAUUUUUAGUUUGAAAAAAUAAAUUUUAGAAUAUUUUCCUUUCUUAUAUGCUUGAGAUAGUAAUGGGAAAAAAUUAAAAAUUAUGGCUUUUGAGACUGUUGUUGAGGAGACCAAUUUCACUUACUUGGCUUACACUUCACUUACACUUCACUUACAGAGAGGAGAAAUAUAAUACACAGUCAAUGUGAGCUGUCAGUUUCUCCCAUUACACUUUCAGUGCUGCUUCUUUCACAGCCCAAUUCAAAACAAAACUAGGAACACACAGCUUUAUCUCCUCUGUUCUGCAUUACUGCAGACAGAAAAAUGCCUUUUGUCAUUUUUCACAGCAGGUGAGCAGGCAUCCCCUUGGUCUCAUGGUGGGAGGGUGAUGAGCCUCCCGAGGUGAUCAGGGGGCAGCCCUCUAAGCAGCUUCCCUGUUGAGAAGACCAGGAGUUACAUGUGGAAGGCAGAAUUACAUUUCUCUGUCUCUCUUCCACUCUCUCUCUUUUUCUCUCCUGCAGCUACCACAGUGGUAAAAAAAGUGCACUAUUUUUAGUUCAAACUUGUAUCUUUCUUUUGAGACAUUACCUUUUUGGAAUUGAAUUCCAAUGACUAAUCUUAAUAAUGUACCUGUAAGCAUUACUGCUUUUUUUUUUUUUAAUUGUUAUUUUGUGCCACUGCACUGGCAUUAUAACUAUCUAAACAUCAUGAAAUUGCUAUUUAUAGCUAUUCUCAUAGCACACACCAGUUACUAGCUUACUUUUCUCACCAGCCUGGUUUAAGAAAUUCAUGUGCUCUUCCAACCCUUUAUUCCCUUUCUGUGCUUCAGUGUCUUUCUGCUGUGCCAGUGCACCUCUCUGUGGUUCUAUGCUAAAUAAUAGAUCCGUGAAAAAAAUGAUUGGUGUUUAGUAUUUGGAGAUUUUUUUCUUGUAGCCUGGCUCAUUUCAGUGAUCCAGUUUCAAGUGUAGCCAAAGAAAUAGUUUAUAUUGGUGUAACUGAGGAGGAAGUGAACUGCAGUACAGAGAGGAGGGAUGGUGGAAACUUCUUAAACAGACUUUGCCACAGGAAAAAAAUGUUUGUGGAUGUUCACCCCUAUACUGUGAAGUGCUUAUCAUCAUGAAAAGACAAUUAUUAAACACUUUGUUUGCUUAAACAGGUAGUUAUUUUCUAUGAUCAAAAUAGAUUGUAGCUUAAAGAAUGACUCAUGUUUUCUCUGCUUGUCCUACUGCUGUUGAAACAAUAGCUUUUAAGAAUUAGUUUAUUUAGCUUAAAUAUUAUAAAAUGGCUGCAGUGUAUAACUACUCCAUUUUAUACAUUAUGUAAAAAAGAUUGUUUUCAAUGUAAAUAAACUUUCAAAGAUUAUCCUCCUUCAUAGUGAGUAUCCCAGUAAAACUGGUCUGCUUGUCCUGGAGUAAAGUAUAAUAUAUUACUGGUUAAAGGUAAUUUAAUCGAACUUGCCUUACCUGUGACCGUUUGUGAGGUUUGCAGAGAAAAUAAUGUCAGUUCUUCAUUAAAUUGUGUGUGAAGCUGCAUUUUUAUCUGAGUAUAUUUCUCCUUUUCCUGCAAUGUAUAAUAUUUGAUAUUAUAUUCCUAACAUUAUAACUGAUCUUUUGGCCCGUACGUGUUUAAAGGGGGGGCAGUCCUCUGAAUGCACCACAGUUCUACAUGAACUAAAAGAAUUGUUUUUAUUAAAAGAAAUAUUUGAGUCUUUUAAACAAGUGUGCAAGUACUGAAAAAUACUAUUUUUUCCAUUCUGAAACAAGUACAGAAAUAAUUCACAUCUUCAGAAUUCAGUAGACACUUCUGGCAUUUUCUGUUACCUAGUGUUAGAAGUUCCAUUGUUCCUUGUUUGAAUUUUUCCAUCUAUAUGCUGCAGUUUUCUAUAUUUCUUUGCAAAAAUGCAGUGUGUUGCAGUUCAAGUCCUUCUCUGAUGGAAGAAAAAAGUUCCAUAUAAAUAAAUGUUGCUCCAGCUCUCCAACAUACUAUGCCGUACCCAUGUUUGGAAUUCCCAUGAGUUUCACAUUUCAUAUAUGUAUUCAGAGGGUGCUUAAAACGUGGGUAUUUCAGUAGUGACCUGUCAUGGGAUUGGUUUGUACCGGCAGUUGAGAAGAGAUGCUCAUACCAGCAGCUGUGAGAUCCUACAGUAAGUUUUAGUUCAGAUUACUUUCACUUUGUAAAGAAUGAAAAUAAAUUUCUCUUGUGUGUGCCCCAUGUAUACAUAUAAUUUGUAUUUAUAAAAUGUUCUAUAAUCAUGUAACUGUACUGUAAAUACUAUUCUGAUAUUCAGUGACAUUAAGUCCUAGGGCAGGCCCUCUUGCUGUGUCUUUUCUAUCUUCAAUUUGUAGUAGAAUAUAUAGAAUGUAUGACCAGAGAGUCACUUUGAGACUGACAUAUCUUCUGCUGUUGCAAAGUGCAAAGCUGUGAGUGGGAGUGUUCUAUUUAGACUCCAUUUAAUAUUAUUUAGCUAACAGGCAGUGCAGUGGGUGGGUUCUUAGAUGCUGCUGCUGUCACCCAAGAUACCAUUAGACUUUGGGUUUCAGAUGUCUUUGGUGUUUCAAAUGAGACCUUUAAUCUGUUUGCUUUAAUUCAACCAAAGCAAAGAGAGAAUAAAUUUGGGUCAAUGUCAUAGUAAUGUUUGAGCGCCUUCAGAUGCUCUUGAUAAAGGCACUAUUCAAGUUUAUAUAUAAAAUAUAUAUAUAUUCUCUGUGUGUGUGUGUGUAUAUGUAUAUAUAAUAUCUUUUUUGUAUUACAAACAUUUUGCUGUCAGAACACUACAAUUUUAUUUAAAAAUUACUUUAGAUUAAGAGAAAGAAUUCCAGCAUUUGUGGACAGUAUAACUGAAUCAUCUUUGCAUAUUCCUGAAUUUUAUCAGCUACUGGUAAUUAGUGACAUUCUUUCUGAGUUUUAUGAAACUGUUCUCAAAAUCAGUUUCUUUAGUAUAACAUCUGCUGGGAUAGUAAAAAAAUACAGUGAGUCUUUAUAACAAAUGAAAUCAAAUUCUCAUUCUGCUAAUCAAAUAUGAAAUGUAAAUUUUAAUUGCCCAAAUGCAUUUGUUUUCUUUCCUCCUCCCUCACCUACCUCUCUCCCAAGUAUCCUUUAUGCUGCAACAGCUUAGUGGUUAACAAAGAACUGGUAUAUGUUUAAUGGCAGAAAUGCUACUGUAGUUAGCUAUCAACUCAUGUUGUUUGUAACCUGUUCUCAAAACUCUACAUUUUGGUGUUCAGGAGCUGAAUUUAUUGUUGUGCUUUCCCUGUCCUCUGCUGCCUCUUGCAUCAAAAUAAUUAAAACUUGUUUAUUUAUUAUGCAUA